UCGUCGCACUUGCCUCUCCCCACCACCACCUCUUUAAAGAAACUGUUCAGGAUUUUCUUAUUUUUCCUCUCUGUGGAUUUAGAAGGAUUUCUGUUUUGGGGAGAGGCGCGCGAGCGAGCGAGCGCCAGGAGGGUAGGAUUAGAACUCAAGCCUCGCACGAGACUGGCGUAUGCUUCAACUGGCUCUGGCGGGUGUACCACCCAAAGGAGCCGCCGCCGCCGCAGCCCCGCGGCCGCCCCCCGCCUCCCUCCUCUGCUCCCACUUCUUCCCCAUCAUUUCAGGCUGCUUAUCCUGGCUGCCUGGACUCGGCUCCCGGAUUCUUCAUGAGUGGCGGACGGCAUGCCCGUUUUUUAGCCGGGGAACCUUCUUCUCGUCCCGCAUGUUCAGGACCAAACGCUCGGGGCUCGUCCGAAGACUCUGGAGGAGCCGUGCGCCCGGCGGGGAAGAAGGGGGCGGCGGCGGCGACCUGGGCGAAGGCGCAGCGGACAGCCGGGCGCAUGGGGCCGGCGGCGGCGGCGGCGGGAGCCGGGGCUGCUGCAUGGGCAAGUCCGGCAAGCUGGCCAAGGCGCACCUCGGCUCGGAGGCGGAAUUGAAGGCGCUGACCCACUCGGUGCUCAAGCGGCUGAAGGAGAAGCACCUGGAGGGCCUCCUGCAAGCCGUGGAGACGAAGGGCGCCGCCCGCACCGCCUGCCUCCUGCUGCCCAGCAAAGUGGACUCCAAGCUGGGCCCCCACUGGUACUCCCUCCCGCUGCUCCUCUGCAAGGUCUUUCGCUGGCCCGACCUCAGGCACUGCUCGGAAGUCAAGCGCCUCUCCUGCUGUGAAUCCUAUGGGAAGACGCACCCGGACCUGGUCUGCUGUAACCCCUACCACCUCAGCAGGCUCUGUGAACUCGAGUCCCCCCCUCCUCCUUACACCAGAUACCCGAUGGAUUUUCUCAAACCAACUGCAAGUUGUCCAGACUCUGUGCCUUCCUCCACUGAGACAGGGGGAACAAAUUAUCUGGCCCCUGCGGGGCUUUCAGAUUCCCAAGUUCUUCAAGAGCCGGGGGAUCCGUCACACUGGUGCGUGGUGGCAUACUGGGAAGAAAAGACACGUGUGGGUCGGCUAUAUUCUGUCCAAGAGCCCUCCCUGGAUAUCUUCUAUGAUCUACCUCAAGGGAACGGCUUCUGCCUCGGACAGCUCAACUCGGACAAUAAAAGCCAGCUGGUUCAAAAAGUCCGCAGCAAGAUCGGCUACGGCAUCCAGCUGACGAAGGAAGUCGACGGGGUUUGGGUUUAUAACCGCAGCAGUUACCCCAUCUUCAUCAAGUCGGCCACACUGGACAACCCCGACUCCAGGACGUUACUGGUUCACAAAGUGUUCCCGGGCUUUUCCAUCAAAGCGUUUGACUAUGAGAAGGCGUACAGCUUACAGCGGCCCAACGACCACGAGUUCAUGCAGCAGCCGUGGACUGGUUUCACCGUUCAGAUCAGUUUUGUCAAGGGCUGGGGCCAGUGCUACACGAGACAGUUCAUCAGCAGUUGCCCGUGCUGGUUAGAGGUUAUUUUUAAUAACCGAUGACGCGAGACUCUAGAA